GCGGGCCUCGGAGUAGGAUCGCGCGUCGGGAAGAGGAGCGCGUCCCCGGGGAGAGGAGACUAAUAGGGAUGCCAAAGGAAAAAUAUGAUCCUCCAGAUCCUCGCAGAAUUUAUACCAUCAUGUCAGCAGAGGAGGUAGCCAAUGGGAAAAAAUCUCACUGGGCAGAAUUAGAAAUCUCGGGUAGAGUGCGGAGCUUAAGUACAUCACUUUGGUCAUUGACACACUUGACAGCACUGCACCUAAAUGACAAUUACCUUAGUCGCAUUCCACCUGAUAUUGCCAAGCUUCAUAAUCUGGUUUACCUGGAUCUGUCAUCCAAUAAACUCAGAAGUUUACCAGCAGAACUAGGAAACAUGGUGUCUCUCAGGGAAUUGCUUUUAAAUAACAAUCUGUUACGGGUUUUGCCUUAUGAACUUGGUCGGCUCUUCCAGCUACAAACUCUAGGUUUGAAAGGCAAUCCUUUAUCACAGGAUAUUCUCAAUUUAUACCAGGACCCAGAUGGAACCCGAAAGCUACUGAACUUCAUGCUUGACAAUCUUGCAGUUCAUCCAGAGCAGCUUCCUCCGAGGCCAUGGAUUACAUUAAAAGAACGAGACCAAAUUCUGCCAUCAGCAUCAUUCACAGUUAUGUGUUACAAUGUGUUAUGUGAUAAAUACGCCACCCGGCAGCUAUAUGGCUAUUGCCCAUCCUGGGCAUUAAACUGGGAAUACAGGAAAAAGGGAAUUAUGGAAGAAAUUGUUAACUGUGACGCAGAUAUCAUUAGUCUUCAGGAAGUGGAAACAGAGCAAUACUUCACUCUCUUUCUGCCAGCAUUGAAGGAGCGUGGAUAUGAUGGAUUUUUUUCUCCAAAGUCACGUGCCAAAAUCAUGUCUGAGCAGGAGAGAAAGCAUGUGGACGGUUGUGCAAUAUUCUUCAAAACAGAAAAAUUUACAUUGGUGCAGAAGCAUACAGUGGAAUUUAACCAAGUGGCAAUGGCUAAUUCAGAUGGAUCCGAAGCUAUGUUGAACAGAGUGAUGACAAAAGAUAAUAUUGGUGUUGCUGUGGUAUUAGAGGUCCACAAAGAACUAUUUGGAGCAGGUAUGAAGCCUAUUCAUGCUGCAGACAAACAGCUGCUUAUAGUGGCAAAUGCCCACAUGCAUUGGGACCCAGAGUAUUCUGAUGUGAAACUCAUCCAGACCAUGAUGUUUGUCUCAGAGGUUAAAAACAUUCUGGAGAAAGCCUCUAGUAGGCCUGGCAGCCCAACUGCAGAUCCUAAUUCCAUCCCGCUGGUGCUAUGUGCAGAUCUUAACUCAUUGCCAGAUUCAGGUGUUGUGGAAUAUUUAAGCAAUGGAGGAGUAGCUGACAACCAUAAAGACUUCAAGGAACUAAGGUACAAUGAGUGUCUUAUGAACUUCAGCUGCAAUGGAAAGAAUGGAAGCUCAGAAGGGAGAAUCACACAUGGCUUCCAACUGAAGAGCGCCUAUGAAAAUAACUUGAUGCCUUACACCAAUUACACUUUUGAUUUCAAAGGUGUGAUUGACUACAUUUUCUAUUCCAAGACUCAUAUGAACGUGCUUGGUGUCCUGGGGCCUUUAGAUCCUCAAUGGCUGGUUGAGAACAACAUCACUGGGUGUCCACACCCUCACAUCCCUUCAGACCACUUCUCACUGUUAACACAACUUGAACUCCACCCUCCACUCCUGCCUCUUGUCAAUGGUGUUCACUUGCCUAAUCGGAGGUAGUGGAGUAUUGCCCCGCAAAGACCGGGGAUAUGUUGCUAUGGACCUGUACAGUUGUAAAUCAAAGUAUGUAGGAGUGAAGUAUGGCCAUCCUUAAGCUGCUUCUUCAGGUUCCUUUCAUUAUGUGUUUGCUAUAAGAUUUUGUACAUUUUUGUGCAUAUUGGUAUCAUUUGGCACUAGGGCUAGAACCAAAGUAUUUCUCUCUUCCCAAAUUUUUAAUUUAACAUGUUUUUAAAUUGGACUUUCUGCAUAUUGUAAAUGGAGUUAGCAUUCAUAAUUGAGAAAUCAACAAUUUGAAGCCCAACAACAAUGUAUAUGUUUUUCAAAACAAAUACUUUCUUUUGAAAGAUUGCAAAUGAGCCAACCAUUUUUGUAAAAGGAAAUUUUAAACUAUAAAUAUAAAUUUUUAAACUGAAUGAUGGCAUGCUGCACAGGGGAAACUUUCUUGAACUUGUUUUCCAUUAUAACAAACGGAUUUUUAGCUCCCCAAGUCAUUUGCACAUUAACAAAGCACUUAAAUUUCUAGAUUUGUACAUGUAAACUAUGAUAUAGCCUCUAGCCAGAAAAAUUGAGAAAUUGAAGAUGGUUGCACAAUAUGCUUUCAAAAUCACAUAUUUAACAGUACAUGGCGUUUGUUAGGUGAACACUUGAACACUAGUGUAAUUUUUUUUUUUUUUUGAAGGGGGGGAGAAGUCAUUUACUUUCGUUUCCCUAUUAGUUGUACCCUUAUUAGAAGUAUUAAUUCUAACUGUCUCUCCAAUUUAUUUAUAGGGAAACAGCUGAUAAUUUCCACUGCCACACAUUUUGAAAAUAGAAUACAGUUUAUUUAGUAUGCCCACAAAAUUAGUGUCCAGUACUUUUCAUUAUUCCCACCCACCUUUUUCUGGCAGGUUGUGCUGGUGAAACAGAUACUAUCUGAUCUGUUUCAUUUUUGCUAUGUUUGUCAAAUGUUAACUGACUAGGAAAUGAAAAGUCCUGAUCAAAGUUUUAGAAGGGGGAAACUAUACAGACUUUCAUUUAUUUCCCAAAGUAGUCAAAUGUUGGUUGGUUUUGGCUUUUUGAGGUGACAAUGGAAAGAAUUUGGGGGAGAGAGAACAGGGAGUAGUUGAAACCUUAGAUCAUUUUUGCUAACUCUAGUUGCCAAAUGGCCAUUAUAUGCUUUUAAUCUUUGUUUCCAUUGUCUGUCAGGGUUGAAUUAAGAAGCUACUGGUUUAUUCCCAAUUGUUGAUGCUCUUUAGAUAUGUUGGAAUCCUUUUUUUGCCCAAGAGUGGCCAGUUGAAAAUCCAUGACUCAAGAGGCAGUGAAAGUAAUAAUCAUUUUCUGGGGGAAAAAUUGGUUGGCUACUUGAUGUUAAUUAUGGCAGAGUAACAGGAAAAGGUUGUGUCUGUGUUUUUAAGUUUUUCUUUAUUCUGCUUUUUUGCUGCUAUAAGAGUUUUCUGAAAUUUAUAUUUUAAACUUUUCAUGCACUUUACUGUUUCUAGUCUCAAAAUGUGAUAUUUUUAAUAAACAAGAAAUUUUCCAUUAUGUGAAUGAAAUUUUAAAAUAAAAAUAGCCUAUAUUUGUGUCUCAGUAAUAUAUAAAGUACAGGUCAAAUUUAAAUUAUUUAAUUAGUUUUAAAUAUAUACAAUUUGUCUCCUUUUUCAAACCUGACAUCGUAGGCUGUUUUAUUAGUCUUAAAUGAUGUAUUUCUUUUGGUCAUUUUAUACUAAUUUCUUCCAUAGUAAACUAAUCAGGCUAUAUAAGAUAAUAUUUCCCCUGAAGGGUAAUUUUAGUGGGAUGAGGGUGGUGGGAUGAUGUAAUAUCAUAUAUGGGAUUGCAUCAGAAGGGUUCUGUAAAGCCUAAACUCCCUUUUAAAAGUGCCUAGUGAUAGAGGCAUUGUUUGUCAUCUAUUAUAAUUGGAAUGUCAUUGUAGUUGAGUGAAGUUGGAUGUAAAUAAAAUAGUCUUUCAAAAAUGGUUGAAGUACCAGAAUAAACAAAGAGACAACCUUUAAGAUGACAGAUUUUCCUCAAUGUGCAGGUAUCCCUUCUUAUAUACCUCAAACAUUCAACAUCUAGCCAUGCAAAUUGAUUACCUGAACAUAGUACUGGAAAGUAGAAUAGCAUGAAAAACUUAAUUUUGUGGACAUUACCUUUUUUUGUAAUUAGCUACUGUAUGUUUUAUUUUAAAUCUUCUGUUUUGGGUGGGUUUUCUGCUCUGGAGGUAUAUGCACUAACAAAACAUUUUCCUCCUUUCAUAUACGCAUGUUAAUUAGCAAUGUGAGCAAUAUUUCCUACCAUACUUCACUCCCAAUAUUUUUUGAGAUGUUUGUAUAAAAUGGAAUUUAAAGUUCACUUAUGAUUGUAUAUGAACCACAGAGGAGCCCAUUUAUUAAUAAAAAAAACUUUUUUAAUAGUUAAAUGUAGAGGGAAAAAUAAAAAAAAAAUUGGGAAACAUUGUAAACAGCUUAAGUUUAUUUUGUGUAUGAUCGAGGCACUCUGUUGCAGGAAGGUGUGUAAUUGGGUUCUCUCUGCUUCCAAAUGCACUCUUUCAAACCAUUCAUUAUCCUGUGUAUUUUUCAUGUGGUUUUAGUAAAUGUUGGUAGUAACUCUGUUGAAGUAGGUAAUUGUGUUACGGUUUGGGUGGCACACAUACUUGGGGCAUGGUAACCCAAAUUUCAUGUGCACGGUUUCCCUUUAGCCUACUGCCCAAAUUUCACACACCCUUCACCCUUUGUUCCCUUUGUAAAAGGAGUGGUAUCUGUUUUGAGUUGCCAAUUCAGAUGAUCAGAAAUGCUGCUCUCCUCAGUAUUGUCUUGUUAGAACGCAUGCCAUUUGGAAUUUUGGCAGUAAAAAGCCAAAAGAAAGAGGUGAAUGACAUAAGGUCUAUAUAUUCAAUGAAAGUAAAAUAUUUAUGCUCAUAUGCUUUCUAGUUCUCAGAAUAAGUUAAUAAACUUUAUGCCAUGGGGCUGCUGCUUAUUUUAUCUGAAGAUUAAAGAAAAUUUGGGCAUUUUUAUAUUGUGAUCAUGUGUUUUUUUUAAUGUUAAAUAUGAUUUCUGAUAUUUGUCUAAGAACUGGAGUGUUCUUUAAAUUUAUUAAACAGUGUUGUUUGAGGAAGGGAAAAUUGCACUGUUUGCCAUUACAACAGUCAUACAAGUGCAUGUCAAGUCACCCACUCUCUCAGGCAUCAGUAUCCGCCUCAUAGCUUUACACAUUUUGAUGGGGAAUAUUGCAGCAUCCUCAGGACUGACAUCUGAGAAAGGCUCAAAUCCACUUACUGCUCCUUGCUUGUUGACUUUGUUUUAAAAUAUCGUGCCUGGUGUCAACUUUUAAGCAACAGCACUGCCUAAAAGCAAGCAGAGAACAGAAUCCCAGCACCAUUCUAUAGGCAACUUUUUAGAAUUCAGAUAUAGUAAAUCUGUUCAAGAUUUAUGAUGUUUUAUGUAAAAAAAAAAUUUUGUACAACGUAGCUGAAUAUUUUUGUUUCAUUUCUUUGAUGUAAGGCGUGUGAACAUUCGUUUGAAUAUCACAUGUUAAAGUCAGGUAUGGCACAAUGGGUUCUGAGACCAGCUUUUCCCCCCCUCCCAUUUGCCUUGUUCUAAGCGCUUUCUUUCAAAUUACUUUUCUGAUAUCCAUAGGCAAAUAUUUAAUUUUACUAAUAAGCAUCCUGUGUGAAUGUAUUAAAGAAGCCACUGUGUUUUAGUGUUGUAAUUUGUAGAAGUAUAAAGCUUCAUUUCUUAUCUGUCCCCCAUUAUUUGGUGUUUUCAAGCUAUAUAUUAAAUUGCAGAGAAGCAAGAAAGUUGAAAGAUAUCUGAGGCCCAUAUCACUUGACCCUAUCGUGAAUUAGAAUUGGAGAUGUAGCACUAAUUAAACAGGAACAUGGAAUAAACAUACUGUGUUCCAUUUGAAAAUUGUAUCUCCUAAGUAUGUAUAUUGUUCAGUGGGUGAAAAUUGUAUUUACGUUUCCAAGAUUUUCUAAAAAUUGCUGACGCCAUCUAUACUUUCAAAUCAAAUAGCAAAGAGUAGAGAAAGCACAAGAAAAAACAGGUUCAACGUGUAUAUGUGUUCUUCUUAGAACCAGAGGUAUAUGGUUCAUCAUUCUAAUACAAGGCUAGAUUGUGUCCCAAUAUUUAAUUGUUUUUAAGGUCUUAUAUCCUAAUUUUCUGAGGAAUUUUGAUAGUUCCGUAAAAUAUACUGAUACUGGUCACAGGAUGCAUCAUAAGUUUCUGGUAGAUUUGGCAGCCCGUAAGAAUAGUUUUUUUUAUAGCAAGCAAGGGGCUUUUAGGGCAUGUUUUCAAAACAGCAUACGUAUAUUUUGACAGAAAUGUAAAUUCUCACUUUUGUAAGAUACUCUUUCUCCUACCUUACCUCUCUUUAAAAAAAAAAAAAAUCUAAUGUGUAUUAGAUUUGUUUUACCCCUUUCCUUUUGAAUCGUAUCAUAUUUGUCAGAACUCUGUGAGCUACAGGUAGACAAACUAGGGAUUAGAAUAUUUUUUGAAGCCAGAAACUUCAACUAAAGUUUUGAAUUUGUAGACAGGUAAGAACUUUGACACUUAUGGUUGCUUUGGGUGAUUUUAAAUUUUUAAUGACAUGAUCAUCACCAAAUUUUAAUUCAAACAUAAGCAAAUUAGUGCAUCUUUAACCUGGCUUAUUUACUGAAGUUGUAAUCUAUUUUAAGACCAGGAUGCCAAGAAUACUUUUCAUUUUGCAGAAUGAUAAGUAAAUCUUUGUUGUGUAAUGUCACUUAAAACUUAGAAAGUCCCUAUGCCAUUUCUGCAGGGUUUUCUAAGUAAAAGCCACAAAAUGUAGGGAAAAAACAAAAACCCAUAAUUCUUUUCAGGAAGGGGGUGAGAAAGAACAUGCCUGUUUCUUGUUUUAAUCAAAUUCUACCUUUAUGUAAAUUUCUCUUAAAGUCUACCUUCAUGUAAAUUCUUCUGUUAAAUUACAAGUCCCACAACAAGAAAUGGGGAGAUAACAGGAAAAGCAAGCUUUAUUAACCUAGUUAGUGUUUUUCUUUGGUUAGAUUUUAGUUAUUCUUGGAACCAAAGGAAAACAAGCAUGUUGAGAUUUUAUUCAACAAACAUUAUGACAUUGGUAAUGGAAUGUUUUUUAGUAAAAUAGCUUUCACUUUCAAAGCAUAUGAAAUAGGACAUUUCCACCUAUUUAAUGUUAACUUCUUAUAGCAUUCAGCAUAAACUCCUAGUAUUGUACUGAAAUUAGAAGUGUUAGAAAUCAAUCACAUUACAGAGAGGGUAUGCAAAUACCAAGUGAUAUGACACUUUUGGCACUAUAAUGUGGUACAUUCAGCUUCCAGAAACUUUCAGAAGGCAUAGUUUUUGUGCCUGCUUGUUAUUUUUGUUAUAAUUCCCCCAAGUUUAGAUAAUUUUCCUGUUUGUGUGUCUACUACUUUUAACUCUAAAGCAUAAGAAUUGUGGUAGCACCCUGAGAAAUGGUCCUUUUUUGCUCAUUUUUGUUUUGUGUUCAUUUGUAAUUACUGACAUGUGACUUUUCUUUCAAGCUAUCAAUGGUUAUAUGCACCACAGUUAUUUAAUAACUUAACACAAAUGGCUCAGCAUUGACGUGUCAAACAGUGACUUGACUUCUUUCUGAACGGGCUUAGUUUCCUGCUGCUUGUUUCAAUCUUGAUGCAGUAAGUAUGCAGUAGUCUGGAUGUGUGUUUAUUCAGAAACUGUACUGUCCUUUCUCUGUGCUUAACUUGCUAAAAAUAUAUUCCCUUACCUGUGAAAUUUCCUGAGCGGUGCUCUGCCAACUUUUCGGGAGGGAGAGGUUUGGAUGGCUGUGUUACUGCACACUGGAUCUGGAACUGUUCAGUGUUGUGAGUGGCAAAUUUCUUAACACCAGCAGCACUGAGAAGUGCACUAUGGGCAUUCGUACAGUAGUCCAAAUGCAAGCAAUUCUUUUGUCUAGGAGAAGCUGAGGAAUCGAAUUCUUUGGGGUACUUGGAAUAUUUUCAGGAGGAUGAAUGUUUCAACUUUGUUUUGUGUUGUUUCUGGAGUGGGAUGGUAUGGAGGGAGAUUUUUUUUUUUUUUUUUUACUUUAAGAGAAAGAGAUGGAUGUUCCUUUUCUCUCUGAAAAGGCCAGGGUGUUGGUCAAAUUCACCGUGGAUUAAUUUAUAUCUUCUAUUGUGAUUUCUUUGAACUAUAAAACAAGUGCCAACUAGUUGUACAUGAGAGAUCUACUCUUCCACUCAAUUCACCAUUUGACUAGGGAAGGGUUCAUUUAUUGUCAUUACUUGGCAUUAAAUUAAUAAUUUAUUGUUUUGCAUACAUUUGAGUCAUUCGUGGCCUAUAAAGUGUUUUUGUAGCUAAUUACAAUGGUUGGAAAGCAAAGCACAUGAGUUUAAAACUAAGAUGUUUUGGUAUUUUUUUUCCCCUGAGUACUUGGUAGUUUCUACUGAUACUAUUCUAAAACUUAAUUCUGUCUUAGGUUGUAUAUUUAUUUUGCUUUUGUCCUAUGAAAAAGCCAAGUACUAAAUCAAUUGUUAUUGUGUUCUAAUAAUUAGUUUAAAAUCAAAUAUUAUCUUUUUUUUUUUUAAUUAGAAAAUUUUAUGAUGUGCCAUCUAAUUGUAGCUUACAAGUGUUUGAUGUUUAACAGACUGGUUCUGUGGUGGUCUAAUCAUUUAACACUCUGUCAUCCCUGGAGAAAGUGGUUCUACUCUUACUGAACACAUUCUCUCUGACAAAAUCACCAGCUGCUUUAUUUUUCUAUUUAUUACAGUUAAACAGUUGAUGAGGUCUGAAUCUUGACCAACUGCUCAGCCGAGAUGUUUUCACAAUAGACACUGUACAAAAUGUGCGUGCAAAAGGACACAGUUGGGUAUUUUUUCAUUAAUGUGAACAUUGACUUAACAAAGCAGUCCUGCCUUUUAAAUCUUGUGGCAGCUCAGAAGGGAGGUGCUUAAGAACCUUAAUUACUAUGUCAGAUGACAAAAUACUUUUUUCCAUUUCGGAGAUUGGGUACUGCUCACACAUGAUGUAUAGGGCUAAAUAUAUGCUUGUUUCCUUGCACCUGUGUACUUCCCCUUCUCUCCCUUUCCUUCCCCUGUAGGCAAUAAAUGGCCAUUUUGCAACUGCAUACAUUUGUCUUGGUUUUUGACUCUUUAUCUGUGAAGAAUAGUGUCUGUAGGUCAGCAUAUCUCUUUAAAAUGAUGUAAAAAGCCAAGGUAAUUCAAGUGUAAAACUCAGUUCAUGCUACUUUUUUUCGGUGUGUGCGAAAACUAAUUACUAUUUAAACAUUCUUGGCUUUAACUGGAGAAGAAGUUGGUUAUGAGACUACUUUGGCUGAAGAAAUCUAAAGCAAAGGGACAUGUGCCACUUUUGAGUGGGGCUUUAAGAGCCAAUGUGCAAUUUGCCAUAGUCUCAUUUCUUGCCUUGAUGAACAAGGAAGUGUAUGUUGUGGGAUUAGAUCCUUGAGUGACUUUGUGAACAUAGCUACCCUGCUGACCUAUGUAGGACAUGUAAUGUGAGAACCACCAAAUCUGUGUCUUAACACUAUAAAGUUAUUAUGGCAUACUCUAGUUCAUCCUGAGAUGUUACAAGUAUCAGACAGAUAUGCCGACUUACUAGUAUUGAGUAAUCUCAACAGGUGAACUUGCCAAAAUGAAGACAAUUCAUUCCACAUUCAAAUAAUCUAUGAUGAACAAGGUGCUGCUGAUGGACCCCAUUCCCCAAGAAUUCACAUUCAAAAGCCCCAUCUAUAUAUGACAUGAGAAAGAAAAAUAUAUUGGAACGCUUUAAUCAGAGUAAAGGUAUCUUGAAUCUUAGAAUCUUGGAAAGGGGCUAGGGCAGGGUACACAGUGAAAGCUAUGUUUGGGGAUAUGCAGUUGAAAAAUGAUGUAAGAUAUGGUGUGUCUAAUAUCCUAUUAUUCUUGGAGAAAAUAAAGCAAAAAAAAAAAAGCUGACCUGUCCAACUUAAAGAGUGCUUAAGGAAGGUAACAGUGCAUUAUUAUGGAAAAGAUUGCUCAUGUUGACAAAUUUCAUUUCCAGAAUGAAAGCUCAGUGUAUACUGAUUUGUCCUGUCUUCCAAGGAUCCAGUGUGAGUCUACCACUCAAGGACUUCUCUUUAUAGAGAUCUUGAUGUUGGCCAUCCUCUCGUAAGUUGUCCAAAAGUUGAUCCCCUGAAGUGGAUCUUGAAGACACCAGGUUUUAGGACCAUACCUUAAGAUCCCUAAAAUAGGGCAAUCAAAGCUUUCACCAAAUGUCUUCCUAGCAUCCCACCACGUGACCUAGAACACACUGGUAAAAUGGACAUAAAAAAUUUAAUCUCAUGAAAUGGUCACCAAAACACCAGGACACGGGCUUGCAUGCAAGUAGUUUACUUGGGGGAGUGAAUCUCACAAAGUAGGGGACUAGGAAGGGAAAACUAGGGAAGAAGGAAAACUAAACAAGAGUUCAUAAUUGAACUGAUCAUCUCUGUGGGGCAUAUACCUGCCAUAGAUCUUCUGAGAAGAUGAAUGCGUGUCAGUUGUCUUCAUGAGGGGUAGGAGUGGAGAAUAUGGGCACCCAUCUCCCAUAGUGCAAAGGUUACUCCUCAGGUAUUUAUGUUUCUUCAUCUGUCAUUCA